UGUCAGAUUAGAUGUGUUUGUUUUGAUUUUUUACUUUUUACCGCGCGCAAUGUGUAACAUAUUACAUAUUUAAAUUAAUAUAACUCACAGAGAAUUUCAUAAGAUGGAACCGAUAAGUUUCGACUAUUUAUGUAACCACCCACGAGCCAUCGUUUUUAAAUAGUAUGCCUAUCUUUGUUGAUAUCCAAAGUGAAAAAUAUCCACCACGCGGUGGUAAGAUCUCAUGCAGGUUUUUCUACUUAUUCAAAUAAAGAAAUACAAAUUUUUAAAAUUCGUGACUAAUUUUUAUUGUACCUACUAUGUACGAAGUAUCAGUAAUUAUGUGUUUUGUUUAUUAAGGAUAAUAAUAUCGAAAUAACUCAGCUCGCCUGUUGAUCAGAUGCUAUUUAUAGAAUUAUAUAAAUGCACGGCAGUUACGAAGUACGAAGUCACUGUUUGUCGCAAGUAGGUGCGUACAAAAUGUACAUAUAAUUAAGCUUCUCACUGAAGGAUAUUAUUUCAAGAUGAAUAUUUGUUAAUUCUGAGUAAAGCAGAUUAUAUUUAAACAAAGAGUUCUUCACACAUAAGGUUGACAUUUGGCACUAUGGAUUGGCCUGUUUGGAAAAAAUGCUGCUUCUGUAUCCCCCUGCGCUAUGGUUUGCUAACAUGGGGAUAUUUAAAACUGAUAUCAGCCAGCAUAGUAUUGAGUUUCUUCAUAUUUAUUUUAGUAGGUCUUGCAGACUAUAUUAGAAAUGAUACUUUAGUAAUAGUUAUUCCAAUUAUUGCUAUAAUGGUCACAGACAUUGCACUGCACAUUUUAUGCAUUGUCGGAGCACAUAAGAAAAAUGUAAGGCUAUUAGAAGUUUAUUACUGCUAUGCUUGGUUCAUGUGGGCGGGUAUGAUCAUCAUGUUCGCUGUAUGCACAAUUUUGCUCGUUCUCAUCUUUUCCGGUCAUGGUGAAAGUGGUGUUAAGUCAUUGUACUUGACUAUGGAUAUCGUGGGAUUUUUACUUGGUAUUGUAAUACACACUUUCCUCUUGAUUUCACUGAGGAGUGAAAUGAUCAAGCUCAGAAGCAAUUGUCCAUACAGGUUCGUGAAGAAUGAUGGAGAACCCGAAGGUUUUAUUACGAGUGUCAAAUAAGGAAGAGGUGCCUGUAGACGAAUAUACAAAUAACAUGUAUGAUAAGGAAAUAGGUGAAUUUAAAGAAAGUGAUAAUUUUCGUUUUAUUUUAAGUUUUUAUUACAACGUGGGAAAUGGCAAUAAGCUUCGCCAUCUGCCUAGCCUUUUCCCAACUAUGUUGACGUCCAUUUCCAGUCUAACGGGAUCUAGCUGGUAUUCUACAUGGAGCCUCUGCCUAUCUGACCUCCUCAACACAAUUACCUGGGCAACACGAUGCCCCUUGGUAAAAGUGGUUGUCAGUGUCUGGUUUCUGACUACCAGUAACGACUGCCAAACAUACUCAACUAACAGCCGGGACCCACCAAUUUAUUGUGCCAUAUGAUAAAAUGGUCAUCCAUCCACUCCAAGCGUUGGUUAACCUUAUAAUCGAUCGACCCGCGCGACUUGACUUAGUCUUAAUGAUAUUCAAUUUAAACAUGUUAAAAAUUAUGAUUAAGGAUAAAAUAUAAUAUUAAAAUGAUGCCUUGAUGGAAGCAAGAGUAAUUGAUUUAUUUCUGUACGGUCGGCAACAAAAGUCCAUCCAUGAUUUGUCAACUGAAGUUCCCGGUACCUAGUCGUACUUAAAUCAUCCAUAGUAGGUAGGUAACUGUCAUGUCACGACUAAAAAACAAUUUUCCCUGGAUAUUAAAGAAUUACAAAAUCAUGAUUAUUUGGUUUGUAAAGUAAGUUUUUCUGAGAUUGUGCCAUAAGUAAUGCAAAUAUUGUUUUUCUCAGAGUCUUACACAAUAUGAAGACUGUAUCUAGGUAUAAGUCACAACUUUUAGUGAAUGUUUAAAACUCUUACAGCGCUUUUUCACUAGUGGAAUUCCGGCUUGUAUUCUCAAUCGAGUAAUAAAUAAACAAAUGAUAAUCUGUUAAAAAGAUGACACUAGGAACCGCGUGGCCGUUGCCACUGGCCGCGCGUAUUACGCGCGUCAAAAUCUGCUAGUGUGAAAGAGCUCCUAAGUCUCAUCUAUAAAUAUCUUAAGCUCUUGUUCUCAUAUAAUGCUUUGUGACUGCAUACAAUUUUCAUAUUUGUACUUUUAAAAGCUUAUGCUAUUAAGCUCGUUGGUGAUAAAAAUAAGAUUAAGUGAGAUUAUUUAUUGUAAAUAUAAACACUAUUUAUGUACAAUUUACUACUACAAUAAAUUGUCCGACAUAAGUGCCUCAAUUUGAA